AUGGCUUCUGGAUAUGACAGAGCUCUUUCAGUCUUCAGUCCUGAUGGACAUGUCUUCCAAGUCGAAUACGCGCUCGAGGCGGUGAAGCGAGGAACAUGCGCAGUUGGAGUGAAGGGCAAGGACAUCGUGGUACUGGGAUGUGAAAAGCGUUCAGCAAUGAAGCUUCAAGAUACCCGCAUCACACCGUCCAAGAUUGGUCUUGUCGAUACCCACGUUUGCCUCGCCUUCGCGGGACUCAACGCAGACGCCAGAAUCUUAGUCGACAAGGCCAGAGUGGAGGCACAAUCUCACCGUCUGACCGUGGAGGAUCCGGUUACGAUUGAGUACAUUACGAAAUUCGUUGCUGGUGUUCAACAAAGAUAUACGCAGAGUGGUGGUGUUAGACCGUUUGGUAUCAGCACGUUGAUUGUUGGAUUUGACCCUAAUGACAAGACCCCAAGACUUUAUCAAACCGAGCCGUCAGGAAUCUACUCAGCAUGGAAGGCAAAUGCUAUCGGUAGAUCAAGCAAGACGGUCCGCGAGUUCCUGGAGCGAAACCACAAGGAUGAUAUGGACAGGGAGACUACCAUCAAGUUGACCAUCAAGUCGUUAUUGGAGGUUGUGCAGACUGGAGCAAAGAACAUUGAGAUCGCCAUUAUGGCCCCUGGAAAGCUGAUUGAGAUGCUGCCAGUAGAGGAUAUCGAAGCAUUUGUCAAGAACAUUGAGCAAGAGAAGUCGGAGGAGGAUGCUAAAAAGAAGAAGGGCCGGACGCCAGGGACUGGCAAUGCGGCUAUCUUGACGAGAGGGGAGGAGGGUAGCAAAUAA